UGUUCUUCACAAAACUGAGCAGUUAUAACAUGAGCUGGCAAGGACUUCUUGGAUUUUUGAUACUGUUUAAUCAGUCGAUCAGAUCUGAACAAUUUAUUCUAAGCAAUGACUCAACCCACUGGCCUUUAUCAUCUUGCGAUCUUGCGGAACCAAGGCUAGUGUACAAGAAUGCACAAUUUGAGGUGGCUGAAGACAUUGAUGUUAUAUCAAACAAUUCGGAGGCUUGGAUAGGAUACAUGUCAGUGAAAAUUCCAUAUUUAUUUCACGGUUGUGCACAAGUGCAAAACACGGCACAAAAAACGUACAGCGUAACAAGGAUUGGCUUCUGCCAGACUCUGUGUGGACAUAACAGUCCCUUUGGAAUAAAGGCGCCCAAUGGCUUAGAUAUCUUAUCCUCUGCAUCGCCAAUGGGCUGUAUUUGUUUCAAUACAUCUGUACCUGAACUCCCACUUGAACAUUUCGACAACGACCAAAAUAAUCUUUGUGAAAAAGACUGGUAUGCCAUCUUUGCUCAAAUAAGUGUAAACGAUUCAAGGUUAAUCAGUGGUACGUUAAACACUGGUGAUUGCCUUACGUUUACGAACAGGGGCUUCCAGUGGAACUCAUGUAAAAGCGAAAAAGAUCUAAAAAUAAUAUGUAGCAACAAGCCUCCAGCAGAUCCUUCAGCAAGAGCAUCCAUAUCAGCGAAACAUAGUAGCACUUGGAUUCAAGGAAAUUCAAUAUGUUUAAAGGAACAAGUGUAUCCAGCUUCCAUCUCAAGUAUUCUCUUAUCUGGGCUUAAUGCAGGUCAACAGCGGGAACAUUGGACGGGGAUACUUAAAGGAGCUACAUUGCUUAAUAAGGCAGAACUUUCCCGGUUUGGACCAACACAAUAUUCGGAUGAGGAAUACGCUUUCUUACAAGGAAGUAAUAAGAACAUCAAUUUCGCAAACACUGGAACAAAACAGGCCUUGUGUUGCAAAGAAUUAAAACGAGCAUCGUGCAUGCCUACUACAACCAAAAUACCAAGUCAUACCCAUUAUACUGAAGAAGAAGCGACAACAACUAAAUCCAAAGAAAAGUCUGAAGCUUUAGGAACAGGCAUCGGUGUAUUGGUUGGGGUAUUGGUUGUAGUAGGGAUAGGUUUUGCAGUAGUCAUGCUUCAAAGACGAGGAAUUAUUUCCUACGGUGCGAAAAAUAAACCACGCGAUAGGACGGAUGAUCAGCAUGGCGACAUGUUGCCAAAUGCAGCGUCAAACACAGCAGGAAUCGAUAAAUCUGUGGCUAACCAUAAAUACUUUGUACUUGAAAAACAAACCGAGUCAGUGAUUGAACAAAUCAAUCAUUUCAACAGAUCAGAGGAUCUUGAGAAAGACAUUAUUGAUGAGAAUAUUUACCAUUCUAUUGAUGAACCGGCGGCGGAACUGCGUGUAAACGUCAAAGUCGACUGUGGUGAUUAUGAUUACACAACUGACGGAGCAGCAACAUCUCGUGGUAUAACCCAUGAAAAUGUUUACAAUAAACUAAAGAUUGGCCGCCAGGAUAACUAUGAACAUGUUCAGGGAUCAUUUCAGAUUAAGGGCAUCACGACACACAACGAUUACGAUACGACUGCAACUCCUAAAGCGAUACAUCCCCAUGGAAACGACGACUAUGACCAUGUGGGUGGCAUGGGGAAUGCUCCUGCAUUCUCACCAAGCGAUGACGACAAUAGCUCAGCAGUAAAAAUCGCGGCGAAUGCAAGAGGCUCUGCCGCAGGAAUAGAAAAGCCUGACGACAGUCAUGGCCAAAAUCGGUUCGUCAAAGUUUAAGAAGCCAACGACAACAGAGAUAUGUUGGUCUCGUAAUAAUCAAUACACGAACAUGGGUUCUUCAUGAUACUGCAGUAGUUAUUAACACGUACAUUUUAACGGAUUGUUGAUGUAUGAUAUAACCUAAGUACUCUUACAAUUAAUAUGUUAUCAUGUUUGUAAAAACGGACAGAUUUACGCAUAAGUCAAUUCUGUUCCCAGUAAAUAAAAUCAUACAAACACACCGACGAAUUUGACAGACGUUCAAACAUUUGGACUCUAACUUACUCUAGAAACAUAUUUGAUUUUCUAAUGUGUUGGUUACUUAUAUUUUUUACAAAUAUACGGCUAGAUUUUACAUGCAUGAUAUCAUGUAAAAUCGCAAUUUAGAGCAAACACACACUUGUCAAACAAUUACCAGUAUUACGGGGUUAUACGGUUAUUGGAAUAGAUUGGCCGUUUGCUGAAGUAAGUGUGAGUUUGUUAUAUGUUUAUUGUAUUUGAACAGUCAUUGUUCAAACACAAUGCAAUUUACUUUAUGAAUACAAUUAUACAUUACA